GCAGAUCAAACAUGGAGUGGCUAUUUGGAAGGCGUAUAACGCCAGAAGAGAUGCUCCGUAAUAACCAGAGAGCAUUGAACAAAGCAAUGAGAGACUUGGACAGAGAAAGAGCUCGAAUGGAACAGCAAGAAAAGAAAAUUAUAGCCGAUAUAAAGAAAAUGGCCAAGGAAGGUCAAAUGGAUUCUGUGAAAAUUAUGGCAAAAGACUUGGUGCGAACGCGACGCUAUGUGAAGAAGUUUAUGCUGAUGAAAGCAAACGUCCAGGCUGUAUCGCUCAAAAUACAAACGCUGCGUUCCCAGAAUGCAAUGGCGCAGGCCAUGAAAGGCGUUACAAAAGCUAUGCAAAACAUGAAUAGGCAAAUGAAUCUUCCACAAAUACAACGCAUUCUCCAGGAAUUCGAAAAGCAAUCGGAGAUGAUGGACAUGAAAGAGGAGGUGAUGAAUGACGCCAUCGAUGAUGCGAUGGAAGAUGAGGGAGACGAAGAUGAAAGCGAAGCAAUAGUGUCGCAAGUGCUGGACGAGCUUGGACUACAGUUGACAGAGCAACUAGGCGGUCUACCCGAAGCGAACAACUCGCUGAGCGUAGCGAGCGGCAAAACACCAAUGGCUGCUGCUGCCGCCGCCGCUGGAGGGGGUGGGGGAGGAGCCAGUGGAGGCGGAGGGACACUUUCCGAUGCCGAUGCCGAUCUACAGGCGAGACUGGACAAUUUGCGGCGCGAGUGAUAACAGAGUGAUUGGUUAAUAAGAACGUUUGGUUUAGAAACAAACACACUGAUGAGUAAGGGUGUGAUCACAUUUAAUGUGUAUAUUGUGCAAGUGCAAGCUUGGUUAUCUUAUGCAUGACCAAGCGUGCAGAUGAGAAGCAAAAUCUGGAAAGAGCAAUGGGAACACUCACACUGAACGCUUGCAUUUGCUGGUUACGUUCAGUGUGAGCAGCUAAGUGCAAGUCACAACGUGUUUCAAUGGCACUUUUCAAAUUUUGUUCUUCGGCUCAUGGAUGAUCAGAUGUGCAUUUAUUUGCAAAUAUACGUAUUCAAUGUGAUCACACCCUGAGGCACUACUCACACUAGCGGAGACUCAAAUCGCGAAGUGACUCCGUACAUCAACGCUCCAAGUGAGUUUUGUCGUCUGUAUUAACAAAAUUCCUAAUUCGAAAUUAAAAUAAUUGAAAUCUGACAUCUAGUUAACAUUAUGCUGUAUAGUAAGUUACAGUGCCCUUAAAACCCUACCCCAAACUAUUCCCUAAGCCAAAUUUAACCUUCAAAUACCGUCUCAAACCCCAUAAUAAUCCUCGACUCAAAUAAGAACCAGACCAUGUUAGGCGUAUUCAGUCGACGAUUUUAGAGUCGACAGGGCAGGAAGCUCAAAAGACACUUGUCUGGCCCUAAGACUAUCACUGCUAGGGAUUUUAGCCGUUCGUGCACUCCAGAUUCGGUGACUGAGUUUCUAAGCGACUGGACAUUUUGGUGGCAAAGAGACUUGAGUAUCCUGUAUCUUCAAUAAUGUGAGGUUAGGAUUUGAACUGGAGUAGCGUGGAUAUAAACGAGAGCACGUUCAAUUUUUUGAAAAAGUAGUAAUAUUUUCCAUUUUAUACCAUUAAAAAAGUAUAAUAGUGUAAUAUUAUACAAUUUUAAAUGAGUCAAGUCGAAAGGUCUGAAAGACUGGUAUUAUAAGACUGGGCCAAGCCUGUUGUUCCUUCCUAGUCAUAUUUAUAUGAUUUGUGAUUCUGUCCACAAAUAAAUAAAUAUUAAAUAUCUACGACUGGAGUCUUACGAUUUCGUUGUACUAGUGUGAGUAGAGCCUAAGAAGAUACUUAUCAGUGAAUGUUUGAAGAGCUUCACAUUGGACUACAAGUCUUGUAAAUAAAAAAGGGAAAAGUACUUUGCAUUAAAUCCGAAAUUGUAACUCUGCAAGGUUUGUUGUAAUUUUCUCUGAAGAUUGGCGAAUCUCUGCGAUGCGAAUGGUUAGACGAAUGAUUGUUAGAUAAGUAAGUGUUAAUAGGCGGAUUACCACAUAUAUAAGUGAACGUGUCCCAUACAGUGAGAACAUUAUUCCCGUACGUUCUAAUGGGGUUAUUCAUAUUCGCUCACUCAGGCUGAGUGGGAAUAGUCCCAUUAGAUCUUAUAGGAAUUAUAUUUUCACUGUACUGGUCACUGAUAUGUGGGAAUCCACCUUAAAGUUCUUCAGAUUGAACUAGAAGUCUAUUGUAAAUAAAAUAUAUACUUUCAAUAAUAACUGUAUACUGCGACUCGAUUAUUAUGUGUGCUUUUAUGGCCUCGCCAAACUUGCAACUCGAAUAUCAGUUUUGAUUGGGGUCUCCAGUGAAAAUUUAAAAUUGGUUAUCAGGCGGAGUUAGAACUUGAAAAGUCUUCUCUAACAAUCAAUCUCGAAGUUUAGAUGCGAUAGGCUUUUAUUGUAAAAAUGCAAUAAGUUAAUUGAAACUUUUCCUAUUGGAAUUAAAGAUACAUAUGCACCAUCACGGGUUUAACUGAUAUAAAUCAGCUGUUGGUUUAAACCACUAAUGAAACACAGUAUAAUAAUUCACUUUUCCGAUUGGAAUUAAAGGCCCAUAACUAUUAUGCACCAUCUCGGUUUUAACGGAGAUAAAUCAGCUGUUGGUUUAAACCGGAAAUGAAAAACAGUAUAAUACUACCUUCAUGUAGGUUAGCGUUACUUAGAUGGUGCAUAUUGUCCCAACCCCCAAAUCUAUAAUGAACAAAAUCUGUUACAAUAAUAAACAAUCUGACGUAAGACUAUGCAUCAAAAAUGAAUAGUUUGAUUUCAUUGUGAGUUCAAGAGAAAAUUGAGGAUGAAAAUCAUAAAAGAGAUACUUUUAAUGAUAACUGGAUUUUGAGACCUGAUGAUUUUUCUGUUUUGUCCAAUUGCAGUUGAAAUCGAUAAUAAUUGUAGAAUUUAUGGCCUAUAUUGUAAAUAAAAAGGGACUAUUUUGCAUUAUAUCAUCGUCAUUGGUUUCAACUAUUUUAUUUUAGUACUGUAGCUGAGAUUAAAACGCAUUUAUCAAUAAUAAAGUUGUCGCUACAAAAUUUCAACUUUUAUUCAUUAUUAGGCUAUGUUGGAUAUCUAUAUAAAAACUAGAUUUUUAUAUAAUCAAUUCAAUGAUGAGUUUGGCAUGAAAUAUAUUUUUCGUAGUUUCCCCAUCAUUUUGAAAUGAAUGUGACCGAAUUUUGAAAUGGAGUUCAACAAUAUGAGAAGACACAGAUCUGUGCUGUAUCUGUGCUUAUCCAUCAAUGGUUGGGUAUUCAACUCACACAUCUACGAAACAAGUAUAAACUGGAUUGAAUAAGAUUAUAUUAUGGGAAUUUUGAAAUCAAAAUCAAGUAUAUGGACAUAGUGCCGAUUGCACAAAAGCCGGUUAAAUUUUAACCGUGAUUAAUUUCACGAGAACCAAUCAGAGAAGGUCUUUUUAGAAAAGACGGCUUUUCUGAUUGUUUCUCGUGAAAUUAAUUACGGUUAAAAUUUAACCAGCUUUUGUGCAACUGGGCCAUCUUACAAUAGUUGAAUUGCUCAAUAUCCUACGAUUUUAAAAUCCGUUCAGACUAAUCUUUGAGAUUUUUCAAAUGUCGCAAACAAUACGAAGAUAUAAUGCAAUGCGAAGAUAUAACCCAAAAUAUGUGAUACUUGUACAGUUGGUGAAGUUAAUAUUACUAUAAUUUUUCAUGUUAAAUAUUUACAUGUUUAUUUUUCAAUUAUUCUAGCAUAAGACUACCUAAAAAUUGUGUAUGUAUUUUAACGUUUAUGCGAAUAAAAGCUCUAUUAAUUAUACUCAUCCAUUGAGUUAUUUUCACUUCCGUAGUUACCUAUUUUAAAAUGUGUACUUAAAUCAAGAAAAAUGAAUAUUUUUAGUAUAUGGAUUCAAAAGAAUUUCUACAAACAAUUUGAAAUUAUAUUUAUUUUAUUGGUGGUGUAUGUUACUUAGUUUUCGUCCCAUAAUCAGAAUCUAGAUGUGAUCUAAUUGUAGGGGGAUUCCAGACUACCUGUGAUUAAAAUGAUCUUCAAGUAGGGAGUCCUCUCUUGAAAACUUUGAAAUCCUCACGCUCUUUCAUUUCUCAAACUGCAAAAAAUUACUUUCUUUUAAUAUGGUACAAUAAUGCUAUAAAAGGAGUCGAGAUAAUUCACGUCAUGUUACCUUUCAGCUUUCUCAAAAAAAAGAAGUCAUGUAAAUGCAGGAGGGGAAAGCUUCUAACGUACUCAACGUGAAUCAUUAAAGUACUAAUAAAUUUAUAAGAGUACUUUACACAAUAUGCAUGUUCAAAUAAGGACAACUUUCUCUUCGAUUUGUAAUUUGUUCAUGUAUCUUUGAUAAUUAAUUCAAUCUAAAUCAAAUGCCUAACAACUACUCGAUAUCUCCUCCUUAAUAUAAAUUCAAGAUCAUUAUUCAAAUUACUACUGACGAGAAAUAUGUGAGUAAAUUUAAUGGUUAGUGAAGUAAGUUCCCAAGGUUAGUGAAUGAGUACACAAAUCUUCACAGAAUAUUUCCAUUUAAUUCAAUAAUCAUAUUCUUAAGACUAGAUAGAUACACAUACAGUACAAAAAGUAGAAAAUCAUCUAAACUGAAUAUUAUUAAUUUGUAACUGUUUGAUUGUUCCGUUCUAUUGAUCAAUAUUUUUGAUUAAGUAUAAACUUGUGACGAUAUAAAACAACAUUUUCUAUGACAAUGGACUGUUCUUUAAUACAGAUAUAUUUUUCAUUGAAAAUAAUUAUUACCAUAACUUUUUAUCAAUAUAUUUAUCAAACAAUAACAUGUUACAUCUAAGGUGAUAAUAUUUACAUUAUAUACAAUAGGUUUUUACAGUAGUUGUAAGUUUUUUUGAUUUUCUUAUCAUGAAGGUAGUCAGUCUUAUGAUUUAGAAUUUGUGAUUUGGAUUGCAAAAUUAGAAAAUUGACGGAGAGUUUUUUUAAAUAAUCUAGAAUUGUUACACUUUGAAGCUGAAAGAAGUGAGAGAUACAGAAAUCAUAGUCAAGUAUAAUAAAUUACAAAGCUUAAAAAUUAGAAUAUGAGAAUCCAUAUAAAUUUAUUCUGAAUGAAUAAAAUUCAGAAUCUACGAUUAUGAGUUUACAAUCACAAAUCAAUGAAGAAAUAUUUUGUGGUAACCAAGACAAAAUAAAUUUGAUAUAAUUAAUUUAUUGAAUAACUUUCCCAAAUAAUUUAUUUAAUUGAUUUUUGAAACAUGAAAACAAAUUUUCUCAAGGAUAUUAUUAUUUUUAAUUUACUGAGUGAUAUAUGUCGUAAUCUGUAAUAAGCACAGCCAAUAUAACUUUCGGCACAGUUAUCAUGCCCCAAGGUCUUAAAGUAAUCAGGAAUAUUAUAUUUAAUUGUAAAUGGGUUUCAGAUUUAUGUGGCUAAUCUUAUUUAGAUUAGAGAAGGCAAAAACCCAUUGGAUUAAUUUCAUCUAUAAAUUAAUGAUAAUAGAAAAAAUAAUUAUCAUGAUUCACAUCUUAUCAGUUGAAAAUACUUAUAAUAUUUGCGUGAUAAUGGAGAUUAAUGAACUUUUAUUCAUGAUGAGAGCCUCUAAUCUAAUUAGCAUAAUUAAGAAACUCAUACUCUUAGUAAUCAACUUAUAGUUUCGUUGAAUGUCUUCAUCUAAAACGUGAAUUAGUUUUCUCUUUACAUAUUUGCCCUUAGCAAACCCACAUUCAUUGGGAAUAUUCAGAAUACUUUUUAAAUCAUCAUUGAUUGAACUUAUAAAUUAUAUAGAUUUAUGAAACUAAAUGUAUAAAUUUAUAAGAUUCAUUAAAAAAAUUAUGUUUAACAGUAUUAUUUUUCAUUUUAAGAUCAACUUAUUAUCCAAAAAUAGGAUAAAGACAGUAACUUCUAAAUCAACACUCAAUGGAAUACUAAGAUUAUUUAUAUUCGAUGUAGUAAAGAUAUCUCUAGAAAUGAAUUAAUCAACUUAAUUUGAUGUUCUGUACAAUUAUUUGUUUGGAGAUAAUAGUAAUAAACUCAUGUGAGGAUUUAAGAACAUUAGAAUUAUUUUAAGGAAAAUCUUUACAACAUAUAUGCUUAGAAAAUAUUAGCACCAAUAGAACUCGAAGCCAAUAUAGCAUUUUACAUUUUAACUAAAUUACGAAAGAGAAGUAUACAAAGCACAAUAAUAAGAUAGUUGGUUACUUUAUAACAAAAAAACAGAUACACAUUCAAUCUUAUCACGCCAUUAAAAGGGGAAUCAUCAUUUUUAGACUACAGUACAGAGUUUGAUCUCUUUCUAUUAAAAACAGCCUGAAUAAGUAUCUUCAGAGAUCAUUCCAAAGCAAACAUAAAAUAUUAGAUUUUACAACUUAUUUCAGUCAUAUAAUGGUACCAUACCACACAACAA